CAUCGUUGAUUCCUGCUGAAUCAGACGGAAUCACAAAUCAGUGAAUUGCCCCGUGUAAGAAAAAUAUAGCGAGGAUUGUGAAUUUUUAUUUUUAUUUAGUAAUUUUUCUGGGUAAAAAAAUAUCCUGUGCGUCCCCGCCCUGUCCGUGCGCAUUCUCAGGGAGUUCCCCGAGAGUCUCUGUGGAGAGAUUUGCCUGCUCUGGUGCCCGGAAAGUCGGCAUAAGUUGGGAAAAAUGUCAGGCGAUUCCGAUGAGAAUGAAAUGGACUCAUACUCCGACAACGAGGACGAUGAUUACUACAACACAGGCAUCGAGGAUGGAGAUGUGGAGCCAUUUGAUCCGCACAAGUACGACCCAGAAUUCUUCGAAUAUGAAUGCUGUACCGUGGAUGAGGUGAAGAAGCUCCUCAACGAUGCCGUGGAGAAGCUGGCUGAGCUGCUGAAGCUCUCACCCUCCUUGGCCAAGAUCCUCCUGCAUGAGAAUGAAUGGUGCGUGGAUGGCAUCGUCAGCAAGUAUCGUGAUAAUCCAGUUAACCUCCUGGUGAGCACGCGGAUUAAUCCAGUCAACACCAUGGUGGGCCCCUACCGGUCAUCCCGCAUGUGCACCGUAUGCGUGAUGUACCACAGUGUUGAGCGCUUCUUCAGCUUGUCCUGCAGCGACUCCUUCUGCCGCGACUGCUGGGCCACGCACUUUGAGACGCAAAUAAACCAAGGAAUAUCCACAGCUAUCGGCUGCAUGGAGCCCAAGUGCAACAAUCGCGUACCCGAGGAUAUGGUGCUGAAGCUCCUCCGGUCCUCCCAUAUGCGAGAAAAGUAUCUGCAAUUUGCGUUCUACGACUACGUCAAGUCACAUCCUGAACUGCGAUUCUGUCCAGGACCCAAUUGUCAGAUAAUAAUUCGCAGUCAGGAUCUGAGUCCGAAGAAGGCUUUCUGCCGCAUGUGCAAGUCGACGUUCUGCUUCAAGUGCGGCAUGGAGUACCACGCGCCGACGGAUUGCCAGGUGAUAAAGAAGUGGCUGACAAAGUGUGCGGACGACAGUGAGACGGCAAACUACAUUAGCGCCCACACAAAAGACUGCCCCAAAUGCCAUAUUUGCAUUGAGAAGAAUGGGGGGUGUAAUCACAUGCAGUGCUUCCACUGCAAGCACGACUUCUGCUGGAUGUGCCUGGGCGAUUGGAAGUCACACGGGUCCGAAUACUACGAGUGCUCGCGGUACAAGGAGAACCCCAAUAUUGCCCAUGAGUCGGUGCACGCGCAGGCGCGGGAGGCACUCAAAAAGUACCUGCACUACUAUGAGCGCUGGGAGAAUCACUCCAAGUCCCUCCAGCUGGAGCAGCAGACACUCGAUCGGCUCAGAGAUCGGAUAAAUGAGAAGGUCAUGAAGGGCUUGGGCACCUGGAUUGACUGGCAAUAUCUCUUCAAUGCUGCCGCCUUACUAGCUAAAUGUCGAUAUACACUGCAGUACACCUACCCCUAUGCCUACUACAUGGAGGCUGGUUCACGAAAGGAUCUCUUUGAAUAUCAGCAGGCAAAUUUGGAGGCUGAAAUUGAGAACUUAUCGUGGAAGGUGGAACGUGCCGAGACAACGGAUAGGGGUGAUUUGGAGAACCAGAUGGAUAUUGCGGAGAAGAGGCGCACCAUACUCCUCAAAGACUUUUUCCCAACAGAUGUAUAACAUUACUCAACUCCUCAACAUUCAGUCGUGUUAAUAAUUUCAACAUAUAGUUACAACAAAGAUGCUAAAUUAUCGUAUCUCGUAAGAAGACUCUUCUUAGUUGGUAAGUCCAAGAAAAAACAAAACAUUUUACUGUAUGCAAACAAAAUGAAAUUUCAUUAAAAAUGGAGCAAAUUUUGCACCAAAAAUUGCACGGGGUUGGAUGUUCUUCCCGAGAGAGAGAGAGAGACGUUACACGGUGAUUAGGAGAAAAAAAUGGAAAAUUAAUUAACUCUUAGACAGAUUGAUUGAAACACACAUUAUUGUCCAAAAAAGAAAAUAAAAGAAAUCAAUUCCAUGUCACACGAAAAGGAGAAAAUCACGUCAUUUUUUUUAGUGGUAAUUAAUUAAAAGAGAGUUAUAUACAAACACAUUUACUUGACGAGAGAGACAGUAAUUAUCAUAUAAUUAAUUUAUUAUUGAAGAAUGAAUAUUGCGACUAAGUAAGAUUUUCCAAAACACGCAUUAUUCCUCGAAAUUCGUCAUUUUCAUUUGAGAAAAUAAAUUAUUGAAAAAAAAAUAUUCAAAGCACGAAAAAUUUAAUUCGAAACGAUUUAUGAAAUGAAGAAAAAAAAUUAUACAAAACCCCUUUUAGUCUGCUGCAUUAUGGCGGUCUAACGAAUUCUUGCAUUAAAGCAUAUGCUCUAUACGUCCAAUUAAUGGAAGUUUUCUCAGAAAUAUAAAAAAAAUUUGUAAUUAAAUAAACAUAAAUUGGCUACUAAAGUCUUUUCCAGAACAUUCACGGAGAUUCAUUUAUUAAAAACAAAAAGAAAUGAUUGUAUAAAGAAAUAUUGCCAAAAAAGCAUAUGCCCGCCCUAACCAAACUUUUUUCAAAUGCAUAAAAAAAACUCCACCAAUUUUUUCCUAAAUAAAAUACUCCUUUAAAAAAAAAGUAAUUAAAUCGCCAAGACGAUGAAAAGAUUAAGGAAAAAAAAAACGAAAAAUAAAAUAAAUAAACUGUGAAUGGCAUAAUGCAGAGAGAAAGCAACCGAAUAGAGACAACACACUGAUUAAGAGAAAAUUUAGCUAAAUGAGAGCGAGAGAAAAAACUUUAAAUGUUUAGUCAGAGAUUUUAAUACUUUUAUUAUUGAAAAUACAAAUUACAGUUGUAAUUUCAAUAAAAAGGAAUAAAUUUAAGAAUUCUCGAACCAGA